AUGGACCCCCCAGCCGACCCCAACUAUCCGUGGUGGCAUAAACAUGGCUACAUUACGGACAUAUACUUGGAAAUGCCCUACAGGGAUGCUACGAUGUCUGUCGAUAUUCAUGGGAACGAAAUUGACCCAAAGGAACAUACCACUGUUCACUUCUUUGAGAACCUCUUCAACCGAGUAAUUUUUCAUCACCCUCGUUAUUUUGUUAAUUCACAAGUUCCGCCCGCAUCAAAGAAGGGCAGCGAAAAAGCAUGCGACAUUGCUGUCAAGUAUGCGGACGGCAAUUUGCGACAGAGAAUCUUCUGCUUCGCGGAGGCAAAGCGCGCAAAGAGCAAUACGCAAGCCAAGAUUCAGGACCUGGAACGGCAGGCACUCGGCUACUGCGUCGACUAUCUUGACGCAAACAGCGAGAUCAACCUUGUCUUCGCCUGUACGCUCGUUGGUGCGUCCUUGCGGUGCUGGUCGUUUCAUCGUGGCGACGACUACUUUCGACCAUUUUGGGGCGACAUCCGCCCUUCGUACUCGCAGUACCUUGACGUCGGUGUCGACGCCAACGUGGCCGAACUCGACCGCGCGUUCAACUUCAUGAGGAAUAUGUCGCUGGACGGCAUCAUGCCGGCUGGGCUGGAGUUCCACGACGUGGGACGGGCCGCACCCAGCCUUAGCGCAAAUAUUAGCGCGUCUCGCGGGGUAGGCAUGGCUGGCAAUUUUCACUCUGUUGGUUUCACGCCGGAGGAAACUGUUUACGCCGGGACAGAGGCGGGCUCCGCCUUUUUGGGUGGAGAAUUGGCCUCUGGCGUGGACGACAUACAGCCCAUGGAACUCGACGCGGUUGGCAGUGCCAGUGCGGAACCCCCUAUCCGACGUGCAACAGCCAAAGAGCAAAAGCAGUUCACGCCAGACAAUUACGUUUCUCUGUCGGUGCAUCGACGGGGAAGAACGACUGCAGACACAUCAUUUCGACUGCAGCCUGGGAAGGGGGAUGCAAUGAACAAAAGGGGAUCGGAACUGGAGCAGGUCAUUUGCAGCACAGACAGCGGCGACCAUUAUUGCUGGGUCUAUGUAGGCAAGAGCUCUCGCAGAUGCUAUUGGACGUGGACAUUGGACGUGGAUGAAAGGGGCAAGCAGGUCAUGCCCUCUACAAUCUAG